AUGCGCGGUCUUAAUCCCUUCGUUCUGCUCGUUUCCCUUGUCCUUGUUGCACCAGCCGUAUCGGCUGGUGUAGCUAUAUUAAGGACAGACUAUUACCAAAAAACAUGUCCCGAUUUUAACAAAAUUGUACGUGAAACCGUUACAUCCAAACAAGUUCAACAACCGACAACCGCGGCUGGGACUCUCCGUCUCUUCUUCCACGAUUGUUUCCUUGAAGGUUGUGAUGGUUCCGUCUUGAUAGCGACCAACUCAUUUAACAAAGCGGAACGUGAUGAUGAUCUCAAUGACUCACUCCCGGGAGACGCUUUCGACAUUGUUACUCGCAUCAAGACAGCUCUUGAGUUGGCUUGCCCUGGUGUGGUGUCUUGCGCAGACAUUUUGGCACAGGCUACGCGUGACCUUGUCACGAUGGUAGGAGGACCUUACUUUGACGUAAAACUUGGUCGUAAAGAUGGACUCGAAUCCAAAGCUCAUAAAGUCCGAGGAAACGUCCCGAUGGUGAACCAGACUGUCCACGACAUCCACGGGAUAUUCAAGAAAAACGGGUUCAGUCUACGCGAGAUGGUAGCAUUAAGCGGAGCUCACACCAUCGGAUUCUCACACUGCAAAGAGUUUUCUGACCGGCUAUACGGAUCAAAAGCUGAUCCAGAAAUCAACCCGCGAUUCGCAACCGCUCUAAAAGAACUUUGCAAAAACCACACCGUGGACGACACAAUUGCGGCGUUUAACGACGUGAUGACUCCAGGGAAAUUCGACAACAUGUACUUCAAGAACCUAAAACGAGGGCUAGGGCUAUUAGCUUCCGACCACAUCCUUAUUAAAGACAAUAGCACGAAACCGUUCGUUGACCUUUACGCAACUAACGAGAAAGCAUUCUUUGAAGAUUUUGCACGUGCCAUGGAGAAACUCGGCACGGUCGGGGUCAAGGGCGAUGGAGAAGGAGAAGUGAGACGUAGGUGCGACCACUUCAACAAUCUCAACGUAUAA